AUGGACGUGUGUGUCAUUGUCGGGAAGUGGUUGUCUAGGCUGGGUAUCAUUCAGGGUAUGACAGCAAAGGGGGUAUCACCUGCAUCCACUUGGUAUGUCAACAAAAGCAAACUAGAACCCUUAGAUAUCAAACUGCUGGCAGAAAUGAGGCCGGGAACAGGGAAUUCGCAGUGGGAGGCGUCCGACGUCGGGGCAACAGAUCUGGAUACACGCGACUAUGAAGGCGUGCUGCUGGGGGUUGGGUCCAGCACACUACAGAGGGAGGCAAAGAGAGGCCGCCAGCAUAACAACAACCGUCCAUCUCUUAUAGAUGUGAACAAUCCAACUGGUUCAAGAAUUCCUACUUGA